GGAGAAGCUGUGAUGGGGAAAAGUGGUGGGUGGCGGCGAACUGGCAAGUGUGGAAGGACCCGCAGGCGUUUUGGAAGAGAGGGAACGGGGUUUCUUUUGGAGGCUGGGUCCAGUAUCGUCAGCUUGGUGAAAUCCGGUGCUGCAGCGUCGUGGUCAGGAAGAAAAAACGGGGAAGAUGAGCUGCUUUCCAUCAGGAAGUAACUAUGCUUAAAUAAGGACUCCAAACGACAGUAGUUCCCUCUGAUUUUAUAAUUACUGAUGCACGGAGUGUUUAUUGGGUUUUAUUUAUUUUGUUUUAUUUGCACUCUGUAUCACAUUAUUUAUUUUGGUAUGUGAGAGCUUUUGAGCACUGCCCCAGAUGCUAGUUUUCCAGUUUUUGCUAGCCAAGUAAAAAGCACUGAAACAAAGUGUCCUGUGUCUGAACCACAUUGCAAAGUUUGCGCAGCACAACCGUGAGUGAACUUUGCUAGUAUAAAUCUCUGCUCGAAAUUUAGUUAUGUGGUUUAACAUACCGUGUAAGACAUGCCAUGCAGUAUAGUCUUUUACUCCACUCCCUGAAGACGGAAGCUUGGAUAUACACUGGGUGUUUUCUUCUUCCUCUCUCUUGAAGAAAUAGGUUGUAAUAUAUUUAGCAAAAUCUCUGCCCCAAGCCUACCAAACAGGGAGAGUAUUUGUAUACAUGAAGAAAUAUUUCCUUAAAUUUCACUCUAGAACUCUGCCAGGUGGUGGAAGUUGCUAUUUGUCUUAUUUCUUGAAAAUAGUAAACCCCACAGCUGAAUUAUUUAUAGUUUACUAGUUUAUUGAUAUUAGACUGAGGUGUUAUGCUUUUGUUACUUCAGUUGCACUUUUAAUUCUUCUUUUUAAAUGUUUUAGCUCUUCAUAUUGUUAAACCCUGGCCCACAGUCAACUAUUUUUAGGUAGAUACUUUGGCUUCCAUUGAAGAAAACAACCCACAGACAGGUUUUCUCAGUUCCCUCUGAAACAGAGAGCAUUUAAAAAAUUAAGGUGAUGUAUGGCUGUGCUUGCCAUCUUCCCUUCUCACAGAAUCAUAGAAUGGCCUGGGUUGGAAGGGGCCUUAAAGACCAUCUAGUUCUAACCCCUCUGCUGUGGGCAGGGAGACCUUCCGUAAGACCAGGUUGCUCGGAGCUCAUUCUGUAUAAUGAGGAUGGCUGGCUUGGAUACUCGGGAUUGUGACUGUUACUACAUUACAGGAAAAGAAGGAUUCUUUCCUAGGCAGACUGCUCCCAGAUGACCAUGUCCACGUGUUGGUUCCUGAUUAAGGCUGUUGGCUGAGGGAUCAAGAUUGUAGCUAAAGUUUUAGGGAAAUACCUGCUGUAUUGAUGAUCUACUAACAUGUUGUGUGUGCUGUGCAUUUUUACAAUGCCAUGCUUCAGUGUUAAAUGUAUAUUUUGUACAGACAUUUAUACAUUGCUAUGUAUAGCUUGAUGGUGGUGGUGGUAGGGGUUUAAAGUUUUUUAUGUUUGUUUGUUUUUUUUCAAAAGACAUUGUAACUUUGUUAUUUUACAGUAGUGUCAGCAUUUUCCUGUAGGUUCUGAGGAAAGAAAGAAGGUAGCUUUUAGUUUUAAAAUCCUAUCCUACUUGGUGUUAAAAUCAAAUACAGCAGUUUAUAUAUGGAUCUCCUAGUAGUUGCUGGGAAAUGAACUUAAGAAUGAACUGAUUUAGUGGUUUUAUAACUAUUUUAAAAUCAUGAGAAUCAAUAGUAAGCUUUGAAGUAAAGUACCCCAAGGCCCUGCAGCCUUUCAGGUGAAGAGGGUCUUUGAUCCAAAUUAGUAGUACCCAGAAGUCCAGGAGGUUUUGCUGUUUUUUCUUUCACAAUUACAAUUCAUACUGUUUCAGUAAGGCUUUUUUUCAUUAUGUUUUGUUGAGUGUGUUAAUGCUUCUGAGACUUUAUAAAUAACAAAUGAUUAUAAUGUAAUUUUUUUAGGAUAGGUUUGAGAAAAUACAGGAGAUUUGCUGACAGAUAAGAACAAGGAGUUUUAGGCUGAAGUGCAGCCUGUGACAUCAUUGCCUUAUAUUUUUAAAGGCUUUUCUUUCAUGUAAGAAGUGCAGAUAAGUACCAUGUGAAAUGACUAAGCUUCCCAGUCACUGUUUUUAAAACAAUAUGCUAUCUAGGAAAUAGUCGAGGGGAAACCAAAAAUCUCUCCGUAACCUUGGGUUGUUUCUUGGUGUUGUGAGAUGUUAACUGAAGGAGACCGUAUGUGUUCUGUUAAAGAUCAUGGUGUAGGAUGCAAUCUUGGGGUAUAUUUUCUACACUUGUUUGACCUCAUGGCCCAGCAUUACCACAUUUGAUAACUGAUUGGUACUAUCUUGCAGCCUGGUGUGCGUACUAAAGAUGCAGAAACCAUGUAGCAGAAUCCUUUGAGCAGUUGUGAAUUAUCAGUUUCUCCCAAGAGCAAUAUAAAGUGAAGAAUGAAGGCGACUGGAUUUAUUUCUCUGUGGACGUUGGUUUCAUUGCCUUGUGGCCAGUUAGCAAAUCCUGCAGAACAUGAAGAUGUGGUAAAGCACGCAAUAAAGCUGCACCGUGGAAAAGGAGCUGUUAUCACUCAGAGAAAGCAGUGGGUGUUGGAAAGUUGCAGAAAACUGUCUGGUCUUCUUCGCCAAAAGAACGUUGUUCUCAACAAACUGAAAAAUGCCAUAAGAGCAGUCGAGAAGGAUGUAGGACUGUCUGAUGAAGAGAAACUUUUUCAGGUGCACACCUUUGAAAUUUUCCAAAAGGAGCUAAAUGAAAGUGAAAACUCCGUCUUUCAGGCAAUCCAUGGCCUCCAGAGAGCUCUACAGGGUGAUUACAAAGAUGUUGUAAAUAUGAAAGAAAGCAGUAGACAGAGGCUGGAAGCCUUAAGGGAAGCUGCAAUUAAGGAAGAAAUGGAAUAUGUUGAACUCUUAGCAGCCGAAAAACACCAGGUUGAAGCCCUUAAGAACAUGCAGCAUCAAAACAAAAGCCUGUCAAUGCUUGAUGAAAUUCUGGAAGAUGUCAGGAAGGCAGCGGAUAGAUUGGAAGAGGAAAUAGAAGAGCAUGCCUUUGAUGACAACAAAUCUGUAAGAGGUGUAAACUUUGAAGCAGUUUUAAGGGUGGAAGAAGAUGAAGCCAACUCCAAAAGAAAUGCUUCAAAAAGAGAAGUAGAGGAUGACUUAGGUCUUAGUAUGCUUAUUGAUUCCCAGAACAAUCAGUAUAUCCUUACCAAACCCAGAGACUCAACCAUUCCUCGUGCUGAUCAUCAUUUCAUAAAGGAUAUUGUGACAAUAGGAAUGUUGUCUUUGCCAUGUGGCUGGCUGUGCACAACAAUAGGAUUGCCAACCAUGUUUGGGUAUAUCAUCUGUGGAGUACUCUUAGGACCCUCAGGAUUAAACAGUAUCAAGUCUAUUGUACAGGUGGAGACGUUAGGAGAGUUUGGUGUGUUCUUCACCCUCUUUCUAGUUGGUCUGGAAUUUUCUCCUGAAAGAUUAAGAAAGGUAUGGAAAAUAUCUUUGCAAGGACCUUGCUACAUGACAGUUCUGAUGAUUGCCUUUGGUUUACUAUGGGGGCACUUGCUCCAAAUUAGACCAACACAGAGCGUCUUCAUUUCCACUUGUUUAUCUUUAUCAAGCACACCACUGGUGUCAAGAUUCCUUGCAGGUAGUGUUCGAGGAGAUAAAGAAGGGGAUAUUGACUACAGCAGCGUACUGCUUGGCAUGUUGGUGAUGCAGGAUGUGCAGCUUGGUUUAUUUAUAGCUGUCAUGCCUACACUUAUUCAAGCAGGAGUGAGCACACAUUCCAGCAUUUUCAAGGAAAUACUAAGAAUACUGAUACUGAUUGGCCAAAUUCUCUUUUCUUUGGCUGCUGUUUUUCUUCUAUGUCUUGUUAUAAAGACUUAUCUCAUAGGACCGUAUUAUCGCAAGUUGCAUGCAGAAAGCAAAGGGAAUAAAGAAAUCCUCAUUCUAGGAAUAACUGCAUUCACCUUCCUUAUGUUAACGAUCACAGAGCUGUUGGAUGUUUCAAUGGAGCUGGGAUGCUUCUUAGCCGGAGCUCUGAUCUCUUCUCAGGGUCACAUGGUUACUGAGGAGAUUAUGUGCUGUAUUGAACCAAUACGUGACUUUCUUGCCAUCAUUUUCUUUGCAUCUAUAGGACUUCAUGUUUUCCCCACAUUUGUAAUAUAUGAACUCACAGUUUUGCUAUUCCUUACACUGUCUGUGGUCAUAAUGAAGUUUGUCUUGGCAGUGCUUGUCCUUUCUCUGAUUCUUCCAAAGACCAGCCAGUAUAUCAAGUGGAUUGUCUCAGCAGGACUGGCACAAGUCAGUGAAUUCUCUUUUGUUCUGGGAAGUAGAGCACGCAGAGCAGGGAUCAUAUCUCGGGAGGUCUAUCUGCUUAUUCUGAGUGUGACUACUCUAAGCCUUCUGCUUGCCCCUGCCCUGUGGAGAGCUGCAAUUAUGAAAUGUGUUCCAAGACCUGAAAGACGCUCAAGUACUUGAUUAGGAUUUGCACAUACAGAAGAAUACGUCUUCUUGAAAGGAAUAUCUUCAUUGCUCAUUGUAUUUCUAUGCACUUGGAAAACAAUACAGUUUGAGUAGUCAGUCCUCUUAGAAAGCACUUGGUCAUAAGCCUUAUGCUGAUCUUAAAAUGAAACAAUAUUCAACACUAAAAAAUAUUUGUCAUUUGAAUUGCACACCUUUACAAAAUUUAUUUCUCUCUGACAGAUUGAAAUCUGCCAGAACGUUUGUUUCCAAUCCAAUCUAUUAUUCAGAUCGUAAAUUAUUUUUUUUAAAUAUAGCAUCAUGCAAACUGUGUUGAUUAUUUUUUGCCUGAAUGUGCCUUUUAAUUUUCAUCCUAUUAAUGCUGGUUCAUCACCAGAUUUUGUUUAAAAAGGAAAAAAAAAAUAUAUUAUGGUGCCUAUGGUAUCUUCUUUUAUUAAAUGACAUGAGUCAUUUUCAUGUUUAGGAGUUUAAUAUAGCAGCAUAAAAUUAAUUACAAAACAAAUUUCUAAUGGUGAGUAAAAGAGUAGUCAUCUACAUAAAGAAAAGGUUUAACUGUUUACCAUCAGUUCCAAGCAGUCAAUUACGUAUCCCAGAUGAUGCAGCCAGUACUGUACGAUACUUUAUUCCAAAAUGCAGCAUAUAAUGUAUUUUCUUACAGUGGCAAAUUUUGUGUUAGCUCUUGUAUUUAUUUACAUACUUGAACUAAAAGUUGACAGUAAGAAAGGGCGUAACUUAACGUUUUCAGACUGACAGUUGUCACCCAUUCUUGUUGCUAAUUGCUGUUAAGUAAUGGUUUACAGGGUUUUUUUCCUUUGUUUUAAAUCAAAAAUAAAUGUAGUAAAAACUGGGAAGUCUAAUUUUAAGCAGAUGUGAAAAAUCUCACUUCUGUGACUUUGGAGGUUGGAUGUUAUUUGACACUGCAGUAGAUUUGAAAUUAUUUUAAGUAAAUUAAUUUGCAGAAAACUAGAAAUGAAAGGCUGAAUGUGUAUUUGCAACUCCACAACUUUAUAAGUUGCAUUUACAUUGAAUAAAUUGUUAGUCUUUUUAAAAUACCAUA